AUGCUUUCUAAGACACUUUUGAAGAGUAAUCAUAAAACAUUUUUGUUCCUCAGGAAAAAUCUAAUUACAAGUGGGUCUGAGAAAAACAAACAAAACAACUAUUCACAUCCCAGUUAUUUCGAGAAUCCUUUAAGUUGUCCUGAUUAUUUUGGUCUUAAGAACUUGGUUAAUGUUACGGAUUUAUUCCAAGCUCGUGUUCAUUUGGGUCACCGAUCGGCGUUACGCAAUGAAUACAUGAAGCCAUACAUAUACGGUUGUAGACAAGGUGUAGACAUAAUUGAUCUACAACAGACAUGUUCCUUGAUGUUUGAUGCACUUAAUUUCGCGGCUCACAUUGCCUACCGUCAAGGAAUAAUACUUUUUAUGUACCAGAAUAAACAAAUGUUACCCUUAAUUGAAAGGACUGCUGAAAAUGUUGGCGAGUAUUCUUACUGCCGCAAAUGGGAAGGUGGAGUUUUCACAAACUCAUCGGAUGUUUUUCAUGACUCUGUGAGGCUACCUGACUUAGUCCUUUUUCUCAGCACCUGUAAUUCAAUCUGCAGACCACAUGCUGCUGUACGAGAUGCGGCAAAGAUGCUCAUUCCAACAAUUGGUGUAGUUGAUACAAAUUCGGACCCAAGAUUAAUUAGCUAUCCUGUGCCCGGUAACGACGAUAGCCCUACAUCAGUACGUUUGUUCUGUGCGUUAUUCGCUGAAGCUAUUACAAGGGGCAAAAAGGCCGCUGCUCGAGACCAAAUAUUAAAGGAGCAGCUGGACCGCCAAUCAGAGUCAUCAAAUCGCGUGGGAACAUCAGCAAUCCCCUAA